ACAUUCAUUCAAAAACACCCUCCAAUUCCUUAAACACGUAUUUCUAUAACAACCACCAAAGCAAAGUAAUCAAUGGCGUCCACUGAACCAUGGUUGCUUGAAAACGGUACAGUCAAGAGGCUAACCAAGGAGACCAGGCACGGCCAUGGCCAUAGCCGGACUGCCCAUAACAUGUCAUCAACCUCCCUACGUAGAAAGUCCGAUAUGUCCCUUGUGUCAAAAGUGCCAUGUGUAACUCUUAGAAAGUUUCUAGCCAAUCUCCAAGAGGUCAUUUUGGGUACAAAAUUAUCAAUCCUUUUUAUCGCAAUUCCCUUUGCCAUUGCUGCCAAAUACCUCGGUUUCGCAAGACCAUGGGUGUUUUCAUUGAGUUUGCUUGGAUUGAUGCCUCUUGCAGAACGUGUUAGCUUCCUAACAGAGCAACUUGCUUUCUACACUGGUCCCACAGUGGGAGGUCUCUUGAAUGCAACAUGUGGAAAUGCAACAGAAUUGAUCAUUGCCAUAUUUGCAUUAAUGGAAAACAAAGUGGAUGUCGUCAAAUAUUCUCUCUUGGGUUCCAUUCUCUCCAACCUUCUUUUGGUUCUUGGCACUUCUCUCCUUUGUGGUGGCAUCGCUAAUAUCUCAGUGGAACAAAAGUUUGAUAGGAAACAAGCAGAUGUAAACAUAGCACUACUACUACUGGGAUUGCUAUGCCACAUGUUGCCACUCUUGUACAGAUAUGCAGCAGUUGCGAGUACAACUGCUGAUGCAUUGAGUGCAGCUACAGCAACACUGAAUUUGUCCAGAGCUAGUUGUGUCGUCAUGCUUGUUGCUUACUUUGCUUACCUUAUCUUCCAGCUAUGGACUCAUCGCCAUAUCUUUGAAACCCAAGAGGAAGAGAAUGAUGAUGACAUGGAUGUAAGUGACGAUGAAACAGCUGUGAUAGGGUUUUGGAGUGGGCUGAUUUGGUUGAUUGGAAUGACUGCAGUCAUCUCAUUGUUGUCUGAAUAUUUGGUGGAUACCAUUGAGGAAGCCUCGACUUCAUGGGGAAUAUCAGUGAGCUUUAUCAGCAUCAUCGUGCUACCAAUUGUUGGAAAUGCAGCUGAGCAUGCUGGAGCAAUCAUCUUUGCUUUCAAGAACAAACUGGAUAUAACUUUGGGUGUUGCUCUUGGUUCUGCAACUCAAAUUUCUGUCUUUGUGGUUCCAAUGAGUGUUAUUGUCUCAUGGAUAAUUGGCAUCAAAAUGGAUCUUGAUUUCAAUCUCCUUGAAACUGGUUCUCUUGCUCUCACAAUUAUAGCCACAGCUUUCACAUUACAGGAUGGAACUUCUCAUUACCUUAAAGGAGUAGUUCUUCUGCUUUGCUACUUUGUUAUUGGAGCUAGUUUUUUUGUGUCCGUUUCUCCAACUGCACCAGACUCCAAUGGUGUGAAAAUGCAACUUGAAUCAUCAAACCAUGGGAUCUUUAGAGUUUGAAAGGAUUUGAGUUUUGAGGUAGAAUCUUGAAGCAUGAUGCCUUUUGUACUUGAUUCUUUCAUUGGAUUGGACAGAGCCGAGUGGAUUAUGCAGUGUUGCUUGUAUAGUACAAGUAGAAGCUUGGAGGUCUUUGUAUUCUUGUGUAUGAGUCAAUAUUUUGCUGUAAUUUUUUUGUUAAAUAUGAUAAAAGAUCACAUAUUGAGUGGGAUGAUGUGUGAUAUAAAUAAGUCGUGUAAAGCUUUAGCUUUGCUUCUUUAAUCUUAUUUAAAUAAGCCAUGUAAAGCUUUAGUUUUGCUUCUUUAAUCAUAUUUAAAUAAUUACUUCUAUUUUGUUUACAG